AUGGCCACGGCGGCGUUGGGCGGCGAUGCGGCCAGCAUGGUGGCCGUGGGCCUGGUCUGGGGCGUUACGAACGCCCUGAUGCGCCGGGGCGCGCUCGUCUGGGACCGCCGCUCCCGCUCCCUCCCCGCCGGCUCCGGCGCCAUCCGGCGGUGGGCGGACCUCCUGCUGACGUGGCAGUACUCGGCGCCGUUCCUCGCCAACCUCUCCGCGUCCGCCACCUUCUUCCGGCUCCUCGGCGACGCCCCCAUCUCCGUCGCCGUGCCCGUCACCAACGCCACCACCUUCGCCGCCACCGCCGUCGCAGCCGCGCUCCUCGGGGAGGACACACGCGCCGCGCCCGCCGCGCUCGGCACCGCGCUCAUUGUCCUCGGCGUCUGGGUCUGCAUCUCCUAGCUAGCCCGCCUAGGAACUAAAC